ACUGCCCGCCCGUGCCUCUCCGAAUGGGCAGCUACCUGGGCAAAGCAGGGUCAUCGCCGCGGUCCCCAGUACAGGGGCGCGCAGAUGCAUGGGAGAAGCCUGCGACCCACCGACCGGCUAGACCCCUCUACCAGGUCCACCGGGUGCAGCAUGUCCACCGCGCCCAGCCCGCCAGGCGACACAGGCCGGUCCGGAGGCCGCCAAACUGGGAUCCAGCCAAUCCUGCUGCCUUCGUCAGUGAAGCCUGGAGGCGCUUUCCCAUGAAGAGGCCGCAGAACCGCAUCAUGGGCUCUCUUCCUUCAGACUGGUGGGAAAGCUACCUCAAGCGUAACAUUUGGUCUCUUCGUCACCCUAGGACUACAUGGAGUCCAGUGACAGUCAAGAUCUCGCCUCCUGAGGGGAGGCCACGGCCCUUGUUCUCAGCCUCAAAAGCGGUAAAUGCGGGACCCUCAGAGGAGCCACCAGGCAUGUGUGGGAAAGACCCGGUGCUGAGGGCCCUCCUCGAGUGCAGGAAAGGGAAAGCUAGGUGGGAAGAACCACUGUUCUCUGACAGCUCGGACAGUAAAAGGAAUUCCACCACCCCUUGGUCCGCCUUUAAGCCCCUUUUGAAAAGUGGGGCCACUGUUACAUUUGUGGCCAGGCCUGGGUCUCUGAAACGCAGCUUCUACGCCCAGAGCUCAGAUCAUAAAUGUAAGAAGUCCAGUUGCUCCUCCGUGGCCCUCUUGGCCAACAUAUGCACACACGGUCCCCCCAGCACUAAAAGAAAUGCUAUUACCAGCUCUUACAGUUCUUCCAGAUAUCUCUCAGAGUCCUGGAAGAGACAUUUCUCCAGGACAUCGGUCCAGACUCCAGAAUGGCCACUGAGAAAGACAGGGAAAAGUCCUAAUUCUCACCCCUUAGUUUCUCCCCGCCACUCUGGGCAGCCGAAUGGGGAGAUUCCUUCACUGCAGUCUGGUCCUAGGGAGCUGCUGACCGCACCAUGCCAGCAAGACGGUGCUGUCACUGAAGAGGACCCGACCUUAGAGAGGCAAGCUGGGCCAAGCAACCAAACCACAGAAGCUACAACUGGGACCGUCACGGAAGCCAUUCCUGAGACCAGGACUGGUAUUCCGCCUCCCUUGUCUCUCAGUCGUCCUUCUUCUGAGUCAGUACUCAGUAACCAUAUGAGCCCUCAGCUGGAAAGCUCAAAGAACAUGCCUGUCUCACAUGGGUGCUCAGAGGUAGAGCACCUUCAAGGCAUCUCUUCAGACUCAAAACCCUCACCUGCUUCCAUCCAGGUGACUCCAAGCUUUCUCACAUCAACCUAUCACUGACUCCAACUGGCCAUCUACAAUCCCUCAGGCUUACAGG